AGCAAGAUGGCGUGGUGGAAGAAGAAAAAGGUUUACAAACAAGAACUUUUGUGCACAAAGCACGUCAGCUAAUACAAAGACAUAGAGAUGGACGGCGAUUCGCGUGAGACGUGGGGAAGUUCGACGGAAUUCCUUCUGUCGGUGAUCGGGUUUGCUGUGGAUCUAGGAAAUGUCCAGAGAUUUCCCUACAUCUGUUACAAGAAUGGUGGAGAUGCUGACAUAUUCCUUCACGAAAACAGUCAGACAGUUCUGCUUUUGGUACAGAUACUGACAUAUUCCUUCACGGAAACAGUCAGACAGUUCUGCUUUUGGAUAAAUUUCUUUGCUAUUCUGACAGAAUACUCAGUUGUCGUCGAUAUAAAUGGCGGAUGCAGACAUACGGGACAUACAGGCGCUGCAUGCAGUAGUGGUACCUGGCGAAAGGAGGAGGCGUUUGAGAAGAAGGCGAUAGUGAAAUGGUUGAGCUUACCAAUUGCAUCAUUGAGACCGCAGUACAUAAAGAUGCCAAAUGAUGAAGAAUCAGUCCACAUAAAGAGACAAUUUCACAACAUGACAGGAUUUCCAGGCAUUAUUGGGUGUAUAGAUGGAAAGCACAUUAGAGUCGCUUGCCCAGUAAAGGUUCAUAAUGCAGCCUCAUACAUGAAUCGCAAGGGCUACCAUUCUCUCAAUUUGCAAAUGGUGUGUGAUUCUUCCAUGAAGAUAACAAAUGUGGUGGCACGAUGGCCGGGAUCUAGUCAUGACAGUCGUAUCUUCCGCUCAAGCACUCUACGGGAUCAUCUUGAAGAUGGAACGAUCAGGGGGAUUCUAUUGGGGGACAGUGGAUACGCAUGCGAGAGAUACCUUUUGACGCCAAUUCUCAGAGCAGGUACUGAUUCAGAACGCCGCUAUAACACAUCACACCGGCGCACACGUAACAUCAUAGAACGUGUGUUUGGAUUACUGAAGAGAAGAUUCCCCUGCAUCGGUGUGGAUUCACGUUUACGAUGUCACAUUGAAACAAGUAUUGGCUAUGGUAUUCUUAUCGUCGCUACGCUGGUUGGGGCUUAUUACAACACAAUGAUCGGAUGGUCCAUCUACUUUCUGAUAUCAUCAUUCCAGACAAAGGUACCGUGGAGUCUGUGUAACCAGACAUGGAACACGCCAGACUGUGUCACGGCCGACAACAUGGAACACGCCAGUAACACAAGCAUAUCGUCGGCAGCAGAAUUCUUUGAUCGUGAACUGUUGGAAGUGCACAGAUCUACUGGAAUAGGUGAUCUGGGAUCCAUCAAGUUGUCUCUGGCUCUGUGUAUGAUUUCCGUCUUUAUCGUCGUCUACUUCAGUCUCUGGAAGGGAGUCAAGCAGUCUGGAAAGGUGGUAUGGGUGACCGCCACGGCGCCCUACAUCAUCAUGUUCAUGUUGUUGGUCCGUGGUUGCACACUGCCGGGAGCGAUGGAAGGUAUCAAAUAUUUUCUCACCCCGAAAUUCGAAAGUCUGCUGGUAUCUGGAGUAUGGAUAGAUGCGGCUGCACAGAUAUUUUUCUCCCUGGGUCCAGGCUUUGGCGUUCUGUUAGCACUGUCCAGUUACAAUACGUUCAACAACAACUGCUUCAGGGAUGCCAUUAUAACAAGCCUUGCCAACUGUGCUGCAAGUCUACUGGCUGGUUUCGUGGUUUUCUCCGUGCUCGGCUACAUGGCGGAUCUACAACACACCACAAUCGACAAGGUCGCAGUUGAUGGUCCUGGUCUGGUGUUUGUCGUGUAUCCAGAGGCCAUCGCCACCUUGGCUGGAUCCCAUUUCUGGGCCGUCCUCCUGUUCUUCAUGUUUAUCACGCUUGGUCUGGACAGCACGUUUGGAGGUAUGGAAUCAUCCAUCACGGCCAUAUGCGACCAGUUUCCUAAACUGAAGUCCAAACGACCGAUCGUACUUGGAGUCCAGCUGGUUAUCUGCAUCUUGGCGGGACUGCCAACUGUAACUUAUGGUGGUAAUUAUGUCAUCUUUUUAAUGGAUAAUCAUUCUGCACCUGUUGCCAUCAUUUUCUUCUGUUUAAUAGAGGUGAUAGCAGUCAACUGGAUAUAUGGUUGUAGCAAAUUCUCUUCUGACAUCAAGGCUAUGCUUGGUUUUGAGCCUGGCCUCUAUUGGAAAGUGUGCUGGGUAGUUAUCGCUCCGUUAACUAUGAUGACAUUGCUUGUGAUGACGAUUUAUGGCUAUCCUGGUCUGAUUCUCGGGGAAUACGUGUACCCCGAUUGGUCGGUAAAAGUCGGUUGGUGCUUGACGUUUUCUUCCAUGAUGUGUGUACCAGGAUUCAUGAUCUACUGGUUCUUCAAAACAGAAGGCAGCUUUAAAAAUAGAAUGCAAAUGAUGAUUAAGCCUGUUGAAUUCCCUACGCAUCUUCCAAAUGUGGGUACAAAGUACGAAGAUGAAGAAAAAUAUGACGACGAAAGUCCAAGGAUAGAAACUCAUUCCAUAGUUGAAAUGGAAGAACAAGAGGAAACGGACAAAAAGGAAGAAAAAACUCAUGUUAAAAUACACCAUGGAACGUUGAAACACCUGAAAAGGAUAAAACAUCUAACAACGAAAAAACAUCAUCUAAAAAAGAAGGAAAAGAAGAUACAUGCAAAAAUGCACAAACACCUGAAACAUAAAAAGGGAGAAACAAGUAAAACAGAAGAAAAACCAGAACAUAAAGAACAUGAACAACCAGACCAACCAGAACAUGAAGGACAUGAAGAACAUAUAGAACUUAUAGAACAUAUAGAACUUAUAGAACAUAAAGGACAUGAACAACCAGAACAUAGAGAAGAUAAAGGACAUAGAGAACAUAUAGAACAUAAAGAACCAGAACAUAAAGAACAUAAAGGACAUGAAGAACCAGAACAUAUAGAACAUAAAGAACCAGAACAUAAAGAACAUAAAGGGCAUAUGAAAAAAAGAUAAAUCCAAUAAUCUGUCAUUCCAAUAUAUACAUACACCAAUGAAAAAUGAGUAACCAACUCAAGUACUAACACUCAUAAAAUGUGUCGUAAUAAACCCUAAUUUCAAACCCCCUAAAUCAUUUAUUUAUGUCAUCUUUACCAUUAAUAAUUAAUAACAUAUGAAAUUAAUAGGAUAUAAAUAUUUUAUUACAUUGGUUUUUCUGCGAGUUUUGUUUUGUUUUUUGUUGGGUUUUUUAGUAUUAUAAUUAUUUAAAUUUUGUUCUUUUGUCUAUUUAUAAUUCAUGUCAAAACGAUAAUGAAAUGGCAAUUUCAAGGGAAAUGUUGUGGAAAAAAGUCUCACCAAUAUAUAAAAUGCAAUUUUGUGGUUGACAUUGUUUUUGAAUUUAAAGUGCAUAUAUAUAGAAAAUAUAGAAACGUAACCACUUGUUUGGGUUAUUUCAAAAGAAAGGUGAACAUUUAAAAAUUUGCUUUCUGAAAAAUAAAACAAUUCCAAUUCAA